AUGUCUGUUCAAACUCCCACUAUCAAGCUCAACAACGGGACUGAAAUGCCCAUCGUCGGUUUCGGCCUCUGGAAGCUCGACACCAAGACCUGCGCCGACCAAGUUUACAGCGCCAUCAAGUCCGGAUAUCGCCUUCUAGAUGGCGCCUGCAUCUACGAGAACGAAUCCCAAUGCGGCGAUGGCGUCGCUCGCGCUAUCAAUGAGGGCAUCGUCAAGCGCGAGGACCUCUUCAUCGUCUCCAAGCUCUGGAACAACUUCCACGACGCCGACAAAGUAGAGCCCAUCACCCGCCGCCAGCUCCAAGACUGGAAGAUCGACUACUUCGACCUCUUCCUCAUGCACUUCCCCAUCUCGCUCGAAUACGUCGACCCAGCCGUCCAGUACCCUCCCCCCGACGGACCCGAGUUCCCACCCGGCCGCGCCUCCGUCCAAGAAACCUGGCUCGCAAUGGAAAAGCUGGUAUCUGCGGGCCUGACCAAGGGGAUAGGAAUCAGUAACUUCAACGGCGGACUGAUUCUGGAUCUGCUGAAAUAUGCGAACAUCAGGCCCGCUACCUUGCAGAUCGAGCACCACCCCUACCUGACGCAGGAGCAGCUGGUGAACUGGGUCCAGGGCCAGGGGAUCGCUAUUACAGCGUAUUCGUCGUUUGGGCCGUCGUCGUAUGUGGAGCUGGAUACGGAGGACGCGAAGCAUACGCCGUUGCUGUUUGAGCAUCCGGCUGUUGUGCAGUUGGCGGAGAAGUAUGCGAAGACGCCGGCGCAAAUCGUUCUGCGCUGGGCGACGCAGCGCGGUAUCGCAGUCAUUCCGAAGAGUGGAAAUACUCAGCGUUUGGCGCAGAAUCUGUCCGUGACGGAUUUCGAUCUGAGUGCGGAGGAUUUGAAGAGUAUUAGUGCGAUGAAUCGGAAUCUUCGAUUCAAUGAUCCAAUGAAGUUUGGAGAGCCGCAUCCCAUCUUCUUCUAG